AUGGCUACCCUACUUCUAUAUGUAGAUGAUAUUAUACUUACUUGCAUCUCUACUUCCUUCAUUAGCACUCUUUUCUCUCAACUUGGAUCUAAUUUUGUUAUGAAUGACCUAGGAAAUCUCCACUACUUCCUUGGUAUUGAAGCUGACAUGGAAAAUUUUCCUCGCUCUAUACUUCUCACACAACAAAAGUAUACUUUAUAUCUUUUUACUAGAUCAAAGAUGCUAAACUGCAAGCCUUGCAACACACAAGUCACCAUUGAGAAAAGACUGUCAAUCCAUGAUGGCACUCCAUUUACCAAUCUAUUGCAACAUAGAAGCCUUGUUAGAGCAUUGGAGUAUCUUACCUUAACUAGACUUGAUGUCAACUUUGCAGUAAACUAUAUAUGUUUGCAGUUCAUGCAUGCACCUACAUAUUUUCAUCUUCUUCUGGUUAAGCGCAUUCUUAGUUACUUAAAAGGAACUAUAGAUGCUGGUAUUACUCUAUCUGCUGAAGAUAUCACCUCCAUCAGUGGCUAUUCAGACUCUGACUGGGCUGGAUGCCCUGAUACUAGACGUUCUACAUCUGGAUUCUGUGUUGUUUUUUUGUGA